UUGUAUAAGACAAAGAAUUGCUCGUGACACGACACUUUCCUCACGUACCGAAAGGCCGAGAGCAUGGCGCAGCUAAAGCUCUUGACGUUCAACACAUGGGGGCUACCCAUGGCCUCCAAGGACCAUCCGUUGCGCCUGGGGCGACAAGCGGAGUACUUUCGGAACGAAGGCCGAGAUCUGGACAUCGUGUUCUUGCAGGAGGUGUGGACGCCCGAAUACGUCAAGCUGCUGUCGGACGCUGGCGCUGAUGCCGGCCUGACCCACAUCACCACCUUUGACGGCGGCGUGUUUGGUGCGGGCCUGAUGCUCAUGUCGCGCUACCCUAUCACCGACCUGGCCUUCCGGACCUUCUCAGUCAGGGGCGAGCCGGGCGCACUGGAGGGCGAGGCCAUGGCGGGCAAGGGCAUCGGCUACGCGCGCGUGGUGCUGCCGAGCGGGUCGGCGAUGCACCUGUUCAAUACGCACACACACGCCAACUGGGUCCACAGCGUCAAGGCCGAUGAGCAGCUGCCUGACGUCAAGGUGCCGACGGACUCGUUUGCGCCGUUCCGCACGGCGCACAUGCUAGACGCGGUGGCGUUCAUGAAGCCCAUCGUGGAGGCGGCGGCCGCUGCCGGCGAGCUGGUUUUCGCCGCUGGCGAUUGGAACGUGCCGUACGACAAUCUGGAGGCCUGCCUGCUGCAGUCGCUGCUGCCGUGCCUCAAGGACAGCUGGCAAGCGGCGGGCCACGCGCCGCUGGACCCGGAGGGCAACACGUGCGGCUGCCCCACCAACGUGUACACGGGCAGCAUCAUUGGCGGCUACGUGCCCGAGCGCAUUGACUUCAUCUGGACCAAUGCGCACGUGCUCAGCUGUGAGGCCGUGCUGCGGCGCAUGCCCGGCACCGAGCUCAACUACAGCGACCACCACGCGGUGCAAGUGACAGCGGCGUGCCAGGUGGCGGCACAGGCGGCAGCGGCGGCGCCCUCGGCGCCCCAAGCGAAGGGUGACAGGGUGAAGGCCUCGGCGGCGGUGCCCUCCGAGUCGCCAUCAGCCGACAGCAGCGGCAAGGCUGGGUCCAAGCCGGCGGUGCAGCUGCAUGCGGAGACCGCCUCCAACACACCACACGCCGGGCACGACACCACCUCGGGCCUGCCGGGGCCGAUCGCGGAGGCCCGCGUCUCGCCCACCGCCUCCUCCGGCUCCAAAGCCGCCGGCGCUGCCGGCCCGCGCGGGCCGCUGCCCGGCCCCGAGGACCCGGGGCAUCCCGCCCGCCGCGCGCGGCUGCUGCGCCUGGCGCGGCGGCAGCUGCAGGACGGGCUGUCCGCCGCCUCGGUGCGCCUGCAGAGCUUCAAGAGCCGCGGCUGGCUGUCGGCCGCGGCGUCAGUGGUGGCGCUGGGCGUGGUGUACUACGGCAUUAUGGCCACCACGGACCACUGGGCGAAGCGGCUGUGCGCGGGCGUGGCGGCGCUGGGGCUGGUGGGCUCCACCAGCUACGGGUUGUACAUGGUGCCGCUGAGCUGCAUGGACACCGCGUCGCGGCGCGGGCUGGAGCAGGUGGGCCGCAUGGCGGACGUGUGGCUGCGCGUGGCGGAGGAGCAGGCGCAGGCGCAGGCGGCAGCGGGCGGGGGCGCGGGGCCGGAGGGCGGGAGGAAGGCGGCGGGGAAGAGCGCGUGAGGAGCCGUACCGGUACCGCCGCAGCAGGUUGUGAAGGCCGACGUGGCCGGAAAGGUUGCGUGUACUGAUGUAGGGGUACCGAAUGAGAUGUAAGCAGGGCAGUGCUGGGUGAUGUACAUUGUGAACAAUUUAUGUGCGCAUCGUGAUCACCGUGGUAUUGGUUCGACAUUUGAUGGGAUGCGCAUGUCCCGAUGUGACUGGCAUUCGAGUUUGCACCAUGGUUGUCGUGGCUAGUUCUGAGCAUGCAUUGACUCUCCGCAGGAUCACCACAAUUGAGGUGCCCUCACAACUCAUUGCCGGUGUGGUAGUUUGGUGGAGCCGCUGCCCUGAUGAGAUUGUCAGCAGUACAAGGUAGCAUUGCAUGAUGCCUUCGCGUGUGCGUUUGCGAAGGGGCAGGCUUGAGUCUUGGAUGUUGGGGUUGGACCUUCCAGUGCGUGUGCCCGCUGCAACCGUAUGAAGAAAAGGGACUGGGUGAUACAAGAAGCCGUUUUAUUUAUAAACAAAGCACGUAUUGUCAUCCGCGCUGCACGUUCAUUAUGGUGCGUGGCGAAAGCACGGCACAGCGGCGUGUGCUGUACGGCGAUGGUGCAUUAUAAACCCCGGUGUAGUGUUUUCACCACGCUCGUCGCUUCCGGCACCUUACACCUGUAUCACUUGCAUGAGCCGGAGAAUGGCAGAUACACAAGACACUUGCAAGCCCGAAGAGAAGCCGGCUGUAGACGCGAAGCAACAUGACGAUGUCUACGAGGCCGUUUUCGCGCUCGUUGGGGGCAAGCAGAAAACGGAGACGUAUGAGGACCUUGCGAAGGUGCUACCAGCAAUCAAGGAUACGG